UGAAGAAGAGCUGGGCCUCCGGACGACGAGAGAGAGCACAGAAAUGCAGCGAGCUGACGCAGUGCCAUCGAUCAUGCAGAUUGAGUGGUCGUCGAUUCUGAGCGCUUCGUCGAAUUCAUUGCAGGUUUUGAUGCACGGCGGUACGGGUGUCAGAAUGGUGUGAUCUUGAGCUUGAGGAGCAGGCGGACGGGAAAAAGUGCAAUUUGAAUCAUGAAGAAGAUUCUCUCAGUCGGAUUGGAUCGUAGCCGAAUUCGCCUGGGGAGAAACUAGAAGGAUUAGCGGAAUCGUCUCUAGAAGCGGGGAAAACCUUUUGAUUUCUCUGAGAGUAAGAAGGAUGGGAGAAAGGGCAAUGUUGCACCGGUUAUGGGACAAAUGGUCUUCCGUUUACGUCGCCCCUGAUGGAGGUAAAGCUUUGUGUGGGGCUGCAGUUGUAAACUUGGCCUCUGAUCGACCAAUUAGGUUCCCCGGGCUUGUGCUGGAGCAGGAAGGUAUGGAGUUGAAAUCUGCUGAUGUGCGACCAAUUAUUGCCGGCGUCCGAGAUUACAAUUUGCAAAACGAAUGCAUCGUCUUGGACUCUUGCAAGUACUUCGUAACAGCUACUUAUGAGAACAUGUAUUGUGCACGACGAGAAGAUGCACCAACACUGCCAUGGGGAGGGGCCAUAAUAGGACGAACUCCGGCCUAUCUUGUUAUCUCCAAAUACCAGGGAACAUACGGCGCGGCAGCUAAAGCAUUAGCGGCAACUGAAGUUUUGAUGGAGCAAAUUACUCCACGGAGUUCGUGAAUGUGUUGACCAGUAUAUUCACAUUCCUUUUUUUGUCUGGAUUUGCAUUUAAGCAUCCAAUUGGUUAAAUGUUAACCAAUUGGAUGCUUUGAUGCAAUGGAGACGAUGGUUGUUAACAAUUUAACGUCUACUCAGUAGUUCGUGGCAGAUAUUAACGAUUCUCCGUUGAAACGAUAUUGCAAUUAGCAAAUCAGUGUCUCAUCUUCUUGAUGCUACGCAGUGGGUAACCGUCGAUAGUUAGUAUUAGGAGAUUGUUCUUUGCUGUAGAGCGAAACUUUUGUUACAAUUUAAAACAAUCUUUUCAAAUCGCAAAGUACACGAUGUGGACAAUUCCAUCGGCUUGGAAGAAC